AUGGGCUUGCAUUUGUGCCUUGCCUUUGUACAGCUCAUUGGCACUGACUGCUGGAGCGAGAGUGCCCUGGUGAAGCCGCUGUGUCGGCCUUGACCACCAUUUCGCCUUCACCGUGGCAGCCUCUGAGCUGAGAGGGCAUUGGUCGCCAUACCCAUAGAAAGUAAGCCGCAGAUGACCGAUGACGUGAUGGUCGUUGAAAGUGACGCGUUCAUCCCAUUCUCCCUUCCUUACAGCCGUGUUUGAGUCGAGCGGCAGCAUCGGCAGCAGCAGCAUCAUCCUCUACCGCUCGGCCGCAGGCAGAGGUGGGUCAGUGCACGUGCGCAGAACACACACCAUCAUCAUGUGCAAUCGCAUCCAUGAUUCAUUCAUUCAUUAUUCUAUUUGGUUGUUUGUUUGUUUAUUUGUCCGUCUGUUUGUUUGUUUGUCUGUCUGUUUGUUUCAUCAGGUGGCUUCACACUCUGCGUGUAGUCGUUACCAGGAGGGCACGCGUGUGCUGCUGACGUCCAAGACGAGAAGGGGUGCCAAUGACAGCUAUGUCUGGCUCAGGGCCGAUGUGCACCGCACGGAGGAGACCAGCAGAGGGACAGCGGUCUACAUGAGGGAGGUGGGCGGGCGCGGCGAGGAGUUCAGAGUGGUGGUGCCGCACCACGAGACCGUGGCGGCUACAGACACAAAUGCGUCGACACCCGUGGUAGGCAAACACACCCCAACGCGAAGCUCCGUCGACCCGCCGGAUGGAUGUUUGUGUAUGGUGCUUGUGUGUAAAUGCGAUGUGUGAGCAGCUUUGGGAUGAUAGCAAGACGGUACAGAGAACCACGCACAGCCACACACAACACACAAAUAACGCCUUCCAUUCUCAAGCGGAUUCCUUUCCCGCUGUCUUGUCUUUGGGUCUCAGGUUGCGGGUUUUGGCGAAGACCUCCUGGCGUCGGUCUUCAGCUUCCUGACCCCUCCCGAGCUGUUUGGCAUAUUGCCACCCCAUCGGAGCGCCCACCCAUCCCUCUCAUCCAUGCCAUCGUCUUCCGCCCUGCCGUCGACCACUGGCGGUGGGCUGUGGUCGAGGCCCAUCAACGGCGAGACCACGAUGGCUUCAUCUGGCGGCGCCGUUCCUCUGCGUAGCACACUCGCGCCUGCCAAAGCACCAGCCACAGCAGGGCCGAGAACCACGCCCACGAAUCCGUUCUCGGUCGCCGAGGCACUCACAGGGCCAGGGGGUGGUCAUCUGUUUGGGGUUGGAGCAGCAUCGGGUGGUGACUCGAUGGGCGGCGCUUCCAGCGGCACCGACAGACGGAGUCUCUUUGGCCAGGGCGGCGGGGCCUUCAUGCAGCACCCGUCCGGUGGUGCCACACACAGCAGCCCCUCCCCCAUCCACACGGCAGCCCUUGGGCAUCUGUCGGCUUCCCUCCCGCGCCACCCCACCAUCCGCCACGCAGCCCCAGUGUACCUCUUCGGCGGCAACAACCGGACACAGGGGCGCAGCCUCUUCACGGCUGCCAAGGGAUCCACGGGGGGAGGAGGUGCGGCGGGCAGACCAUUCAGCGGCGCUGGCAGAGGGAAUCCGUUUGGCCAGAGUGGGGCUGCCACGGAGAACGGAGAGGGGGGGAUGUUCUGCAGCAUGGGUGAGUGGCGUGAGGGGGCAACACCCGUGGAUGCAUGGAUCGCUGGCUCCAUCUGUGUGUGCAUCGAUCAGGUGUGGCGGCGGUGUCUGUCUUCAGCAGAGCGUCAGGCUCAACUCGGGGCAGCAUGUUUGGCGGUGCGGCCUUCCGGCCGCAACCGUCAGGCGGUGCCAUACAGAGCAUGCCCUCCCACUGCAAAGCCACAGCGCCCCGCUUCUCUGGCAUCGCACCGCCCCUCCCUCCUCCAGCUGGCCACUGUGUAGACGUCGGUGAGGAAGAGGAGGAGGACAAUCUGCCACUCCCCGCCCCAUACGCCCCGCCACACACAACCACCCCAGCACCAGCCACAGCACGGCCGAGAACCACGACCACGAACCCGUUCUCGGUCGCCGAGGCGCUCACAGGCCGAGGUGGUGGUCAUCUGUUUGGGGUUGGAGCAGCAUCGGGUGGCCAGGGCGGUGGUGCCGCACACAGCGGCCCCUCCCUCAACCACGCCAGUCUCCGUCACGCAGCCCUCUACCAGUACACCCACGUCGCCAUCGACAGCUCCACCGCUGCACACCGCCAGUUCUGGGAGAGCAUGAGGCCUGGGGAGGCCUUCCAGCUCGGCAAAUGGCUCGUCAACCUGACGGCACUCACCCUCGUGCAGCCACGCGUCGAGCCGUCUUGGUGUCUCGACAAGCUGUUCGGAGUGGUUGAGGGCCACGCUGAGGGGCGACGCGAGGCGCAUGAGAAGGAUGCGCACCACGGGGUGGACGAGGGCUCGCUGGAGGUCAUCGAAUUCACAACCAGCACCAGCAGCAUCGAUGACGAGCUUCCCUCCCCCAUUCCCUCCGACGGUGGCCAUCAAAAGGAUUGGCAGAAGGCGGGCGACUGGCCACGACGACGGAGGGUUGCACGGGAGCACUUUGAGGCGGACGACCGUGAGCUGGAGCGAAAGCCUCUGUCCCUCUGUCCUCUCCCCGCCCAGCCCCCCAGCCUCCGUGCCCUCAAGACCGUCACAGGAGCUGUCGCCCAGCACAGUGUGAUGGCGAGAGGGGGUGGUCGAUGCCCGGACUCGCCAUCAUGGACCAGGACGGGUGGGCUGCCGACAAGCUGGGCCGCUUCAUCAGCUCGUCCAGGUCGCUGCAGCACGUCGGCGGGAGUAUGUCGGGUGGUCGGUGGGCGGUGGUGGUUGAGCACUUCCCCAAGGCGGCUGUUGGGCAGCGGGGGCCACUCAGCCAGCUGCGGAGCAUAGGUCGUGUUGUGCGUCGCAUUAGGGGCGGCUGGCUCGGGGAGAGCGUCCAGCAGUAUAAGGAAGGAGUGGAGCGACUGCAGGUGACCACACACACACACACACACUCACACACACAGCAUACAAAACACACAAAAGGGGCCUCAUGAAUGCACCUGCUAAUCAUCCCCUUCUGUUUGUUCUCAGGAAGCGCUCGUUUCACGUGGCUGCCGCAAGUCGCUCGAGAGCCUCGACGUGUAGAUCCCGCCGAUUAGCGACUGUAGCAGCUUUGCUGCCGUGGAGUCAGUGGACCGCCUCAUCAACGAGUGCUGCGUGUCACCCGACAUCCCCAUCAGUGUGAGCAGUCCCAGAAGUCCGAGAAACCAUUUCUCGCCGUCCAUCUUCUACGCCGACUACUUCGACCAUUCCCCAGCCCGCGCAUCGCCCUUCAUCAAGAGGGUCAUCCUGCAGGAGGCAUCAAGAUACUUCCAGUGUGACAUCCCUGCCCUCACUCACCGCCCCGUCGACAGCCCCAGCCAGUCCGCCAUCGAGAUCGCACAGAGCCUCGACUUCACCGAUGUGGGGCAGGUUGAGAUCCGGGGUGCACACGAUCCCCCUCCUGGCACUCCUGCCCCCACCCCUGCCAUCAUCGAGCACCUACCCUCAUUCCCCGAUGUCGGAUAUCUGUCUGUUCGGGGCGCUCUCGUCGGGCCGGCGGGCCGUCUGCUCGCCGCAAAGAUGCCCAUCGCGCUGACCAGAGUGCUGUUCGACUAUACUGUGGAUACGGAGGACAGGAGGAGCGUGCUGGAGGGGCUGGGGAGGGGGAGGCACGUACACUCCGUGUCUUUUGACGGACCGUUGGAUGACUGGGCAUCGCCGGACUUUCCAUCCAUCGGAAACCUGAGUGUCUGCUGGAUCGGUGCGCCAGUCAGUACUGGGACACUUCCCCUGUGCUGUGGGUGCACUCCUGCCGUCUGCAUGUGUGUGUGUGAUCACUCAGUGCCCGACGAUUUCCCUAGCCUCGCCGCUACUCAGAUCAUACACAACGGCGUGACAUCCCUGGUCAACAACGCCCGCGGCCUGAUCUGCUUUCAUGUGACCGCCUCGCCAAUCCCAGCGCUGGUUGGGUACGAUGCCCCUGAUCGGCUGCUCCCCGAGCGGCUCGGCGGGUUCACCAUUGUCGUCAAGCCGUCGCCGGUUGUCGGGGGGUGGAGAAUCGAGGUGGAGGGAAGGCGUCACGCGUAGAGGGGUGAGAGGACAGGCAGUGGCCAGGCAAUUCAUCGGUGUCAUGGUACUGUGUGGUGUGUGGUGUUCUGUCAGGCUGUUUGUCCGUCCGUCGAGAGGCCGCACACGGCGAGACAGUACGACUGACACUGACUGACGCACUCGUGACUGUGGCCUUGCUCAAGCGUUGUAGAAUGCACACACAUCCACACAAGAUGCAGAAUGCACCCAGGGUGGUCUGAUGGACUCGUGGCCGAGUGUCAGGCGCUGUCCUGGUGCAUCAUUGGACGCUUGCAUGGGUCUGUGCGGACUCGUUUGUGAUGGAUGCGAUGGAUGGUGGACCGCCCAAGUCUGUCUGUGUGUGUGUGUGUGUGUGUGUGCAUAGAUAUCUGUCGAGAAGCCGUACACGACGAGACAGCCAGACUGAUAAUGAGCCUGAUCUGAUGAUGAUGAUGUUGAUGAUGACAUGAUGGUGGCCGAAUGGCGUAUGUGAAGCGGGAAGGGCGAAGCGUGGUGUGGGUGUGAUGUUGGUGUGGGUGUGUUUUCUCUACUUCUUCUUGCCGCCGCCGGGGAGGGGGAAACCCUCCUUCGUCUCCCGGCGAAUGCAACAAGAAGUAGAGGACACACACCACACACCACACCCCACCCUACACCGACAUAGCAGCAGACAUACACACUGACUGACCGGGGAGGGCGGCAAUGAGAAGGCAGGAUUGGAUUGAAUCCACUGGGGGAGUAGGGGCACAUGCCCGAUGGUAGCCAACACACACACGCAGACUGACUGACGUGACUGCGCAUGUGGCGUGCGGAGAGGCGCCUGCCUUCCUGCCUGAAUGGAUGGAUGGCUGUCCGUGUGUGUGUGUUGACGUGUUGACGUGUUGACUGAAC